AACCAAAACAUGUUUUCUAUAUUUUGCAGUUUCAGCGCCAAUCAGGGAAAACCCCUUAGUGAUGGCAUUAUAUCAUGUUUUCCUUCGUGAACACAAUAGACUUGUCGGUAGACUUAAUCAAACUUGCAACAAUACAGAUUGCCGAAAUGAAGCAAGGACGUUGUUAAUUGCAAUGUUCCAGCAUAUUAUAUGCAACGAAUAUUUACCACUGCUGCUCGGUACGAACACCUCAGUUAAAUGUUUGAAUACAAGUACUCAUACUUACAAUAGCACAAAUUUGCCUAUGGUUUCUAAUUCUUUCGCCGCUGCCUAUAAAUUAGUUGGGGCUUCGAUGUUGAGAGAUACUGUAGGUUCGAAUGUUCUUGUGCACGAUGUACCAUUAACCUCAAAUACCGAGAUGACAAACAUUGUUAAUGGAAUGCUGACAAACUGCAGUUUAAAAAUCGGAAGAGAAAUACCCUGUGCUUAUCGAAACAAUUGUCAAUAUUCCGAUAUAGUGUCAAUCUUAACCCAAGACACGCGUUAUUUAGGACUACCACCGUACUUCGUUUGGCUGGCACUCACAGUUCCGAUUGCUAAUUUGCCUACAAGUAUUCCCGAUUUGCCUCACCACAAUACUUCAAUGAAAAUUGCCUUAUCAAAUACUCAUCAAAGCAUCUUCGACAUUGAAUUCUUAACUGGGGCUUUAUCGGAGAACGUAGUUCCUGGCGCGAUGGUUGGACCAACAUUAAAAAGAUUAUUCGAAGAUACUUUUAAUUUAUUGCAAAGAAAUGACAGACUUUAUUUUGAGAACGCCGGUGUAUUCACAGAUGAGCAACUUGCAGAGAUCAGAAAUGUGACUAUGGCUCAACUAUUGUGUCGUAACGUAGAGGGUUUAACUGAAGUAAAAGAAAAUGCUUUUGUACAUAACUCGUCGACGGUCCAGUGCUCUUCUUUACCAGAUAUAGAUUUUUGCAAAUACUGUGGUGUUUCAAGGAAUUGGUCCGCUUUUGUAACUGUUGCAGUCCCUUGUGUUAGAUUACAAUUAAAGUACCGUCUUUGUCAGUCAACCAGACCACUUGCUUGCCCUUGCCUAGGAAGUCCAUUUGAAAUAAUACCAUGUCCAUCUCCGAAUUCACUUAAUAUUUUGGACCCGGUUAUGAUAAUGCGGAGUAAGAUACUCGCACAGACGAUGGGUAAUGACACGCAAUCCAUAGCCUAUUAUACCAUGGGUAAUGACUACAAACUGGUCGACAGAAUGUGGGAGAUAUUCUUUAUGUUAUUCUAGUGAAAAGUAUAUUAGAAAGUGAAGAGGAGCAGUGACAUAAGUAGCAGAAUAACAACAGUAGUAGUGUCGACAGUACAAGAGUAAAAGAAAUAGAAGUAGUCAGUGUAUACAAACUGUAUAUAAUGUUGAUUUGUAGAAUACUGAAUAGAGAUAAAAAAAUAGACAAAAACACGCACACGCGCGCACACAUGCUUAAGUGUAUGUUUGCAAAUUACAUGUGAUUGUAUCUGGGUGUAUGUGCGUGCGCAUGUGUGUUUAUAUUCAUACUUGUGACACGUACGUAAUAUAGGUAAUUAUUAUAUAUAGACAGACACAAACACAUAGAUGUAUGAAUAUAUUAAACGCACAAAUCUAUAGAAUUACAGUCAUAACUAUCUGUAAUUCAUACACUUACGAAUGAAUAAAUAUAAAUAUGCAUACAGAAGAAUAUAUAUGUGUGUGUGUGUGGGUGUGUGUGCAUAUAUACACAUAUGUCCGUAUAUGAAUAUAUAUAUA